CUUCGUUAGUCCAAUGUCAAGUUCGUUUGACGGCGAUUAUAAACAAGUCCGGAUUGAAUUUUGUCUGUGAUCAAUUCUCACUGAAAUGGAUAACGGAAUUUCUCCAGCCAAAAAACAGAAAGUGAUCAACGGUGAUAAUAAUGACUCAAAGUCGGAGAAGAAUAGCUACCUUAAGGUCCAGACGGACCCAGAAAACAGCGUCAGCAUCUUCUUCUCUCUCCCCGAGAAAGUCGGGGCCUUGGCCCAAAUUCUGAAAAUCUUUGAGGAACGCCAAGUCAACCUACAUCAUAUUGAAUCCCGACCUUCCAAGCAGAGCAACACGGAGUUCGAGUUCUUCGUGAGUUGUGAUAACAAGACUGGUGGCCUGAAAGAAGCACUGGAUCAAGUGAAGGGAAUCGCCAAGACAUUCCGAGUGUUGUCAAGAAAAGCCGGGGAAUACCCUUCUGAUGACACCGAAAGGGAAAAUACAGCUCCAUGGUUUCCGAAGAAAAUUUGUGAACUGGACAGAUUUGCGAACCAAAUCUUGAGUUAUGGAUCUGAGUUGGACGCCGACCAUCCUGGAUUUACAGACCCCGUCUACAGAGCUCGCAGAAAGGAGCUGGCAGACAUCGCCUUCCAUUACAAACAUGGGCAAGAAAUCCCAAGAGUAAAAUAUACAGAAGAGGAAAUCAACACAUGGAGGACUAUCUACAAUGAACUGACAAAGCUUUACUCGACACACGCUUGUAAACAGUUCAAUCAUGUCUUCCCACUGCUCCAAGAUAACUGUGGAUAUAAUGCUAACAAUAUUCCACAACUAGAAGACGUCUCCAGGUUUUUACAAGAUUGCACUGGAUUCAGACUGAGACCUGUUGCUGGAUUGUUAUCAUCACGUGACUUCCUGUCCGGUCUCGCUUUUCGUGUUUUUCAUUCCACACAGUACAUACGUCACAGUUCCAGACCAAUGUACACACCAGAACCGGAUGUUUGUCAUGAAUUGCUGGGCCACGUCCCUCUCUUUGCCGAUCCAGCAUUUGCUCAAUUUUCUCAAGAGAUUGGAUUAGCUAGCCUUGGAGCCCCGGAUGACUAUGUCAAAAAAUUGGCAACGUGUUAUUGGUUUACUGUGGAAUUCGGUCUAUGCAAGCAAGGAUCAGAUAUGAAGGCCUACGGAGCUGGUCUGCUGUCUUCAUUUGGAGAAUUACAGUACUGUUUAACGGAUGCUGCAGAGAAGAAAACCUUUGACCCUGCUGUCACAUGUGAACAGGAGUAUCCAAUCACAAAGUACCAGCCUCUGUAUUUUGUAGCUGAAAGUUUUGAGAAAGCAAAGGAGAAAAUGAGAGACUAUGCUAAGACCAUUCCCCGUCCAUUCAGCGUCCGCUACAACCCUUACACACAGAGUGUGGAGGUGAUUGAAAACAAAAAUCAAAUCAUUAAUCUCACACACGCCAUUAAAGGUGAUCUUACAUUACUCGAAGAUGCUUUGUCAAAAGUUGGAGGAAUGUGACCAAACAGCCAGACGUAUGCUUUUCUUGUAAAAGGAGUGUGAACUUUGAACAAAAAGUGGUUUUUUGUUAUGAAGUAUUGAUUCAUAACUUUUGUUAUCAUGAAAUAUUAAAAAUUUAUAAAGAACACGUAAAAAGACAUGAAACUUAGCACACUUUACAUUGGACAUUACUCAGUAUUAAUUUGAUGAAGAUUGUGUUAUUAAUUAGUUCUUUUCAUCAUCACGUAUGGGUUUGUGUCUUUUUGUACAGUUUCUUAUUCUAUUCAUCGAAAUAUUGUUAUGGUUUGAGGAUAGUUUUAUCAUCAUU